AUGACUGGCAUAUCUGGUGUGUAUGGUGGUUCAUAUGGCGGCAGUGGGGGAUUAUAUGGUGGAGGGAUGUAUGGCAACAGCAUGUAUGCAGGAGGGUCUGGUGGGCUCUAUGUUGCUCUUCUGGGAUCUACGAGGUUGGGUCUUCUGGGAUGUAUGGUCAUGGAAUCUCAAUAUCUAAUAAUAGCAUGGAAGGCCCAAUGGAUGUACAGUGCGGUGGAAUUUUUCAGUCGGUUUGCAAUUCUAAUGGACCAGAAUAUACAGGCAUUGCAUUUGUUCAUGACUUCUCUUCUUCAGGCAUUGCAUUAUAACUUUUACAUGUUCUUACUUGCUUGGGGUAAAAUGAAUAAUUGCCAUAGCCUUGAGUUCAUCUCAGAAAAUGCUCAACUUCUGCUGACUGUUUUGACAAUACUGUGUUGCAGCUUUUUGAUCGCUCUAAUUUUGAACAAAAGCCAAGGACCUCGACAAAGACCCAAUGGUAAACCUGGCCCUGGCAGUGCCCCUGGAAACCAGAACUACGCUGAGGGACUGAAAGCCAAUCCUAGUGGUUUUUGGGAGAUUACCUAG